AUGUGCGCGGAGAGUGCCGAGAAGCCCCCGCCGCGCUGCCUCUCGGGGCCAUCCCGCGACUUCACUUACACUUNGGGUCGGCGCGCCGCGUGCGCGGCCGUGCUGCUGACGGAGCUGCUGGAGCGCGCCGCCUUCUACGGCGUCACGGCCAACCUGGUGCUGUUCCUCAACGGCACGGCGUUCGGCUGGGAGGGCGCGGAGGCCAGCCAGGCGCUGCUGCUCUUCAUGGGCCUCACCUAUUUGGUGUCGCCGUUCGGGGGCUGGCUCGCCGAUGCGCGGCUCGGCCGGGCGCGCGCCAUCCUGCUCAGCCUGGCGCUCUACCUGCUCGGCAUGCUGGCCUUCCCGCUGCUGGCCGCGCCCGCUACACGCUCGGCGCUCUGCGGGGCCCCAGGCCCUGCGAACGUCCGCAAUUGCUCGGCGCCGCCGUGUACCGACACGCCCGCUCGCUACUGCGCGCCCGCAGUGCUGUCCGCGCUCGCUCUAGUGGGCCUGGGCGUGGGCGCGGUCAAGGCCAACAUCACGCCCUUUGGCGCAGACCAGGUUAAAGAUCGGGGUCCAGAAGCCACGCGAAGAUUUUUUAAUUGGUUUUAUUGGAGCAUUAAUCUGGGAGCAAUCGUCUCGCUGGGGGGCAUUGCCUACAUCCAGCAGAACGUGAGCUUUGUCACUGGCUAUGCCAUCCCUGCUGUCUGCAUUGGUGUUGCUUUCGUGGUCUUCCUGUGCGGCCAGACCUUUUUCAUCACCAAGCCGCCCGACGGCAGUGCCUUCACCGACAUGUUCAGGAUAUUGGUCUAUUCCUGCCGCCCUCAGAAGCGCAUCGGGGAGCACAGUCCUAGCGGUGAAGGCAUUGGAGUCUUUCAGCAAUCUUCUAAACACAGUCUGUUUGAUUCAUGUAAGAUGUCUCGAGGAGGGCCAUUCCCAGAAGAUAAAGUGGAAGAUGUGAAAGCUCUUGUCAAGAUUGUCCCCGUUUUCUUGGCUUUGAUACCUUACUGGACAGUGUAUUUUCAAAUGCAGACGACGUAUGUUUUACAGAGUCUUCAUUUGAAGAUUCCAGAAAUUUCCAGUAUUACAACCAAUCCUCAUACGUUUCCGGCAGCCUGGCUGACCAUGUUCGAUGCUGUGCUCAUCCUCCUGCUAAUUCCCCUGAAAGAUAAACUAGUCGAUCCCAUCUUGAAACGAAACGGCCUGCUACCAUCAUCCUUGAAAAGGAUCGCCGUGGGGAUGUUCUUCGUGAUGUGCUCAGCUUUCGCCGCAGGUGAGAAGCCGGCUCCGUUUCUGCUCCUGCCUUUUCCGGCAGCCUGGCUGACCAUGUUCGAUGCUGUGCUCAUCCUCCUGCUAAUUCCCCUGAAAGAUAAACUAGUCGAUCCCAUCUUGAAACGAAACGGCCUGCUACCAUCAUCCUUGAAAAGGAUCGCCGUGGGGAUGUUCUUCGUGAUGUGCUCAGCUUUCGCCGCAGGGAUUUUGGAAAGCAAGAGGCUGGACCUCGUGAAGGAGAAGACCAUCAACCAGACCAUUGGGAACGUUGUGUACUACGCCGCGGACUUGCCCAUCUGGUGGCAGGUCCCGCAGUACGUGCUGAUCGGCGUCAGUGAGAUAUUCGCCAGCAUCGCAGGCCUGGAAUUUGCAUACUCGGCUGCCCCCAAGUCCAUGCAGAGCGCCAUCAUGGGCUUGUUCUUCUUCUUCUCUGGCGUCGGGUCCUUCGUGGGCUCAGGACUGUUGGCGUUGGUGUCCCUGAAGGCCAUCGGGUGGAUGAGCAGCCACACAGACUUCGGCAACAUCAACGGCUGCUAUUUGAACUAUUACUUUUUCCUUCUGGCGGCCAUUCAAGGAGCCACCCUCCUGCUUUUCCUCAUCAUUUCUGUGAAAUACGACCGGCAGCGGUCGAGAGCGAACGGCACGCCCGCCAGCAGGAGGACCUGACGCUCCCGCAGCCCUGUUGGGUCUGUUGGACGGACAGAUGGACAGACGGAUCCGGGGGAAGGGGCCUGCAGGGGCUGGGAGAGUGGAUGGCUGACUUUCCUGAGACUUGGCAUGACACCGGGAUUGGUCUCUUGUCUUACCCGGUGAUCUAGGUAAGUGCCUUCCUGUGGUUCACCUCCUGCCACCCGGGCCUUCCUGGAGCAGAUGGACAGGCUGCGCAGGCUUCUCACCACCGAAGACCCUGGCUCACCCUGCAGCUGGUCUCCUCUGGCAAACACCUGCAGAUGCUGACACCGGUCUCCGAACAUGACAUCCAUGUGGGUUGGCAUCCCAGUAUUUUAAACAAGAAUCUCAUCUCCUUCCCGUAAAACCUGCGCUCACCUUCUUCUUUCUUGAUGAAUAGACAUCUGUUUCCAUUGCGGAACAGGAGGAUUUGUUAAGAAACGAGAGUGUGGUCAAGUGCCGCGAAGGUUUUAUAGAGAAGUCCUGCUCAUGGUUUCUCUCCUAAGCCACAAAUCUUGCCAACGCCAAGUUCCUCGGUACAUGCUGGUGAUGAAUACAUUUUAUCUGCUGCUUCAAAUAGUGCUAAGUUUUUAAACCGUUGAGAUUGCUUUCCUGUUGUUUCCUUAAGAACAUGAUGUUGUACUAAGAACUAUUUAAGACCAUGUGUUCAUCUCAGCCUGUGAAGCAGCCUGACGUGUGUUUUAAAACCUCGCCUAGUCAGUGCUCGUGUACGAUUUCCCUGUGGUACCACUGAGACUGAAGACCUGCUCUUGAGGGGGAGGGCCCUCCGCUGAACGGCGCUGGCGGGCGGUUGGCAGUGUUCAGUGUGAACCUGAAGUGUCGACAGUUGCUGGCUCUGGGCUGGGGGUGUUAUGUGUUGGGGGGUUUCUCGUUUUGUCUAAUAAACCAUUCUUCGUUUGUUGCUGUGCUUUUGGUAUAACUUUAUUAUAAAACACCUUGAUUUUGAGACCCACUGACUGUGUGCUCUCUCCACCAUCGUCACGUCUGUGCGUCUUGUGUGUGGAUUCCUCAGCUGUCGUGGAGACUGUGAGGGGUCCUCAGGCAGGAACUGAUGCGAAGUCUCAAUAAAACGCCUGCUCCUGAUACAA